AUGGCAUCAGCAACAGUCAUAGGACUGAGUCUCCUCGGGGCGGGUCUAGCAGGUAGAGUGGGAUAUCAGAUGUUCAGAGCGUCCGCAAGUGGCGCAGAUAAAUUCCUGAAAGGCGGUUUCAAGGCGAAGAUGGAUAAAGCCGAGGCAUUGCAGGUGUUGGGAUUGAGAGACCCAAUAACGUCAAAUCGACUGAAAGAUGCCCAUCGACGAUUGAUGUUGGCGAACCAUCCUGAUAGAGGUGGAUCACCUUAUUUGGCUGGGAAAGUGAACGAAGCGAAAGCUCUGUUAGAGUGA